AACAAGGAGGACAUUUAACUCAUGAUUAACCUGGUAAGUUAACAGCUGCUUUUUCUCAACCAUCAUUCCCACCAAGCCACUGGGAACUGCUGAUCCAAAGAUGAACUUGGACGGCAUCAUCAGCUGCCUGGUGGAGACAGUUGACUCUAAAAGCAUCAUUACUGUCAAUCCUGGAGAGGCCAGCUUGUUGUUCAACAAUGCUGGAGAUGCUCCUGAGUCUGGAGCUCUGGACCAAGAUGAGAAACCACAGGAUCUGCCUGAUGUUAAGCAGACGAUUAAAGAAGAAGUUCCUGAAGACCACAAACCUUAUGCUAUUAAGCCUGACCCAGAGGCCGUCCACAUAAAGGAGGAACUGGAGGAAGUCUGCACCAGUCCAGUGGGAGAUCAGCUCAGUUUCAAAGAGGAAAUUGAUGCCACAAAGUUUCCAAAAACUGCUAAUCCCCUAAAGAGUGAAGAAAAUAAACAUUCCUCUGAUGUUCAACAGCCUUAUCAAGACCACAUUAAAGGCAGAGAGAUUCCAGAAGAGAAUGAUGGAGAAGAAUCUAUAAGGAUACAAGAUCAUCCAGAUAGGUCAUUUUCCUCAGAGACUGAAGAUGUUAAUCAGUCCAUGUUUGAACCAAAACGCUUAUUAGCAACUGGAAUGAAAACAAAGGACCUGGACUUUCACUGGAAGAAGGUGACAGCUCCUGAUUCACAUGGAUGCAUUGCCAACAGACCUUUUGACACCUCUGACUUUACUCAACAAUUAGUUCAAAAUCUUCAGAAAGGCAUGAGACAUUCAGAAAUGGGCUCUUCAAGCUCUAUGGAUAAUAUUGACAUUUUUACAAUGAAGAAAAAUGUAGGCUCACAAAGAAAUGUCCUUAAAAGGCUGAAGACCUGCUGUGAAGACUCUAGUAAAACAUUUACUGAAAAAGAAAAAUUAAAAAUACAUAAGAGAAUUUACACAGGUGAAAAACCUUUCGGUUGUGACUUAUAUGGAAAGAAAUUUAGCCAGAAAGGACAUUUUAACUUACACAAAAUGAUCCACACUGGAGAUAAACCUUUCUGUUGUGACCUAUGUGGACAGAGAUUUACCGGGAAAGAAAGUUUAAGCAGACACAUGAUGAUCCAUGCAGAAGACAAACCUUUCUGUUGUGACCUAUGUGGACAGAGAUUUACCGGGAAAGAAAGUUUAAGCAGACACAUGAUGAUCCAUGCAGAAGACAAACCUUUCAGUUGUGACCUAUGUGGACAGAGAUUUAGGCACAAAAGAAAUAUUAACAGGCACAUGAGGAUCCAUGCAGAAGACGAACCUUUCUGUUGUGACUUAUGUGGGCAGAAAUUUAGGAAGAAAGGAAGUUUCAACACACACAUUAGGAUCCACACUGGAGACAAACCUUUCUGUUGUGACCUAUGUGGAAAGAGAUUUAGACAUAAAGGAACUUUCAACAGACACAUGACAAUCCACUCAGAAGACAAACCUUUCUGUUGUGACGUAUGUGAGCAGAGAUUUGGCCACAAAGGACAUUUAAACUCCCACAUGAUGAGCCACACAGGAGAAAAACCUUUCUGUUGUGACCUAUGUGGAAAGAGAUUUAGCAAGAAAGGAAAUUUAAACCAACAUAUGAUGAUACACAAAGACAAACCUUUCUGUUGUGACCUAUGUGGGCAACGAUUUAGGCAGAAAAGCGGUUUAAAAUCCCACAUGAUGAUCCACACAGGGGAUAAACCUUUCUGUUGUGACAUAUGUGGACAGACAUUUAGCAAGAAACAGAGUUUAAAAUUACACAUGAUGAUCCACACAGGAGAUAAACCUUUCUGUUGCGACCUGUGUGGGAAGAGAUUUCGGCACAAAGUACGUUUAAACUCACACAUGAGGGUCCAUGCAGGAGACAAACCUUUCUGUUGUUACUUAUGUGGACGUAGAUAUAGAGAGAAAGGAAGUUUAAACAGACACCUGAUGAUCCACGCUGGAAUCAAACCUUUCUGUUGUGAUAUAUGUGGGAAAAGAUUUAGGGAGAAAGGAAGAUUAAACUCACACAUGAUAAUCCACACAGGAGACAAACCUUUCCUUUGUGACCUAUGCGGAAAAAUGUUUGGCUUGAAAGGAAAUUUUAAAUCACACAUGAGGAUCCAUGCUGAAGAAAAAAAAAACACUAGCUGCUGCACAGAUUCAGAGUGAGGACAUAACCAGUACUGCUAACAUAGCAUUAAAGUGAAUUGAUCAAUUUGUAUGAUAUUAAUCAAAUGGGCAUAAUAUGGCUUAUCAGAUACUAAUAUGUUUUGAGUGUUAUUUGCAAAGUUGUGUGCUCUCUUUCAUCACCUGACUUUGGAACUGGCUUGGAGCUUUGUCUGCGUUACUGUAUUUUUCCUGGCCUGGGUCACCUGCGGAGCUUGUUAACAGUUUUAUAUCUGUUUUGUUUUGUGUAUGAGCUUCUGUCUCCUUAAACCAAAGUUGAUCACAGCAGAAGGCAUCUCACACUGGUCCUGGUUCUGCUUGAAGUUUCUUCCUGUUAAAGGGAGUAUUUUCUCUCCACUGUCGCUGCAUACAUGCUUGGUGUGAAGGAUUACUGAAGAGUCCUAUACAAGUGCAAGCGAAAAAUUGUCGCCACAACUUCAUUCAGGAAGAGCAGGUCUUGCAAGUCAAUGACUUGAUGCAUUCAGCUGAUUUUCCAUGAUAUAAAUCAGGGUUUGGCAAUUAUUUUUUCCAUGAGGCAACAUGAGAGACAGAAAAUGUUGUGGAGGACCAGACCAAAAGAUUUGAACUCAAUCAUGCAUAUUAAUUGUAUUUCUUUAUAAAAAGCAUUGGUUUGACAAUUGUAUAUGUUAAGAUUAAGCAAUGAAAAAAUCGAGGUUGCCUCACAAAAAAUGUAAUUUAUUCAUUCAAAUUAACCAAAACAUUAAAAAACAAAAUGUGAACUUUUUAUACCAUUUGUUGAUCUUGGUUUUGGUUGGUUGCUGCAUUCCUGGAUGUGUGAAGCUUGGUAAAAAAAAAGCAUUGCUGCUUUUGCAGCUAAACUAGCAAAGCUUCCAAUGCCCACGGCCUUUCAGCAUCAUUCAAGUUUCUGUGGUUCUCCGCAUGUUUCGUCUGUUGUAGUCCUUAAACGUGGCGAUCUGCUCGCCGCAAACUAGAUGCACAGCUUUUCCACUGACUUUUGUAAGUAAAUAAUUAGCUGUCCAAUUCUUGUUGAAAACUCUGAAUUUGUUAUCUAGCUGUGAGGGACCGAGCCAAAAAAAAAAAAAAAUCAGAGAAGCACAGGGAA